UACGUGAAAAAAUAGAUCUAGAGAUAAUCUUCAUCUCCUCUGAGAAAACAAUCUCGCUCUCUCAUCUACUUCUUUUUCUUCUUCUCAAUUCUCUCUCUCUCUCUCUCUCUCUCUCUCUCUCAAUUCCUAUCAAUUCUGAAUUCAAUAUAUAUAUAUAUAUAUAUAUGUAUAUGAGAUGAGAUGGUUGUUGUUUGUGUUUUUAUUUCGUAUUUUGAACAAUUGAUUAGUUUUUAAUUUGGUUGGUUCUUGUAUUUGUGUUAAUGGUUGUUGUUUGUGUUUUUAUAUUUCGUAUUUUGAACCUGAAAUAUGUUUUUUGGAUUUUUUUCUUCUUAGCACUCAAAUCUCAAUUUUCCACAAUUGAUGUUUGUUGGUUGUUGUAUUUGUGUUUCAUAUAUGAGAUGUUGUUUGUGUUUUUAUUUCGUAUUUUGAAUCUAAAAUAUAUUUUUUGGAUUUUUUUCUCAGUUUUCCACAAUUGAUUUAAGUUUUUAAUUUUUGUAUUUGUGUUAGAGAUAUGAGAUGGUUGUUGUUUGUGUGUUUCUUCUGGGAUUAAAAGGUUGUGGGUUAAUCGAUCUUUAGCAGGAAGAAGGGGCAGUAACCACGUAAUUCACUUUCGAAUCAGAUUAAAUUGAUGGUGAAAAAAAUAAUGGUGGGUUCAAAUCAUUAUUUUAUAUAUAUAACCAAAAAAAAAAAAUCUAAAAUAUAUUUUCAUGAAUUUUUUUUUUAAUCAACAUUUUUUUUUCUAGAUUUGGGCCGGGUGGUGUUUUGGCCCGACCGGCCCGUUGGCUAACAACAAAACUUGUAUCUGUAACAAACCUAAAAGUAAAAGUCAAAUUACAAAGUGCAUCGUGUGUGUAUGUAUGUACUGUCUUCGCCGCUCCUCUCUCUUUCUCUCUCUUACGAAAUCAAUCACCAAAUCGGAUUUAUCUGUUCUGCCUCAACAUAAAAUACAAGCAUGUUUAUGCUUAUAUUAGAUCUGAGUCUGCUUUUUCUAUUUUUGUGUUUUUUAAAAUUGAAUCAAAUCUUAUUCGUUGUGUCAAACUGCUCCAGAUAUCAAUGAAUAAGAUUUGAUUCAAUUUUUCAGAAAUAUUAGUCAUAUUACUAUGCAAAACACAACUCUCUUGCCUCCUGCCUCCACUCAGGUAAGUAUUAUUGUUAUUAUUUUUUAUUAUUAUUUUUUAUUUAUUUAUUUUUUAGUUUAUUUAUUUCAUAUCUUCUAAUUGCUUAAUGCUUUCGUGAAUUCUUCGGUUUACAUAUAUUAUGUGGAUAUGUAUAAGUAUAUUUGCUAAGAUGGAUUAUUCUGAUUGGUUUACAAAUAAUAUUUGUUAAAUUUUGUGAACCGUCACAAUCGUCUACCUAAACGUGUACUGGUACAUGUACUGGUACAUAUCCGUAUAAUAUGUGGACCUGGGUGCUAUUAGGGGGUGAAAAUAAAUGCGACAAUAUUCUGUAUAAAAUGUCGAUAAAUUUAAAUAGGUCAGUAUUAUAUAAAAGUGUAUUAGACACAUUAUUAUUAUAUACACACACAUCUAUGUGUGUUUGUGGGCGCUCACAAAAUUGUUAGAUUAAGUUUGAGAUACUAGUUGCUAUUAUAUAUAAUAUGAAUAUGGAUAUGAUUGUUCAUCUGUACAUUUUACAAUUAGAUGAAAAUAAUGGAUGUUAAGGGCUUUCAAAAUUUGAUUGGUUCUAUUAGACUUUUUAAGACAUGCCUAUUAGUAUUUGUAGAGAUAGACUAUUAUUAGUACUAUUUUUUAUUUAUUUUUUAGUUUAUUUAUUUCAUGUCUAAUUGCUUAACCCUUUGGUGAAUUCGGGAUAUGUAUCGGUAUAUUUGCUAAGGUGAAUUAUUCUGAUUGCUUUACAAAUAAUAUUUGUUAAGUUUCUUAUAUUAAAUACUAUUUGUGAACCAAUCACAAUCGUCUACCUAAGCCUUGUACCGGUACAUAUCCAUAUAACAUAUGUACCGGAGUGCUAAUAUAUUAUAGAUUUAUAGGAUUGUUUAAAUUAUUAUUAUUAUUAUUAUUAUUAUUAGGGGGUGAAAAUAAAUGCGACAAUAUCCUGUAUAAAAUGUCUAUUAAUUCAAAUAGGUCAGUAUCAUAUAAAAGUAUAUUAGACACAUUAUUAUAUAUAUACACACAUCUAUGUGUGUUUGAGAUACUAGUUGCUAUUAUAUAUAAUAUGAAUAUGAUAUGAUUUGAUUGUUCAUCUGUACAUUUUACAAAAUUGUUAGACUAAGUUUGAGAUACUAGUUGCUAUCAAGGGCGUUCAAAAUUGUAUUGGCCUAUUAGACUUUUUAAGACAUGCCUAUUAGUCUUUGUAGAAAUAGACUAAGUGUUCUAUUUUAAUUUCUUAACAUAAAUAAAAAUGGACUUUUAAAUAUUAACUGGCAAACACAAUAAAAUCUUCAACAAAUAAGAGAAUGAUAGAGUACUAAGCUUAUUCUAAUUUAGAGGUCUCAAUAUAGCUUUUCCCAAUUUUUGUGCCUCAAUUGUACUCUCCUUUUGGUUCUAUAUAUAAGUAAAAUUUAACCUUUUAGAUUCAUUCAACAAGUAAUAGGAGUGUCACAAAAAAAAAAGUAAUGUAUAUAGUCUAUAUUUUUUUACUAUGUUUUGAUCUUUAAUUUAUAAGAUGUCAAGAUUAGUAUUUUAAUUUAGAAAAUGUAUUUUAUAAAAUACAAAGAAAAAAUUCAUUUUCUUAAAAGCUAAAAACAAAAAGGCUCUAUAUUACAUUAAAAUGAAUGUAAAAAGUGAAAUGGUUGGAAGGAGUAAUUGACUGUGCUUAAGGAGUAAUACUUUGAACUCUAGCCCAUUAUAGAAUUUGAUAUAUUCGGCCCAAUUGAAUCCCAAAUUGAACCCUACUUUAUCUUUCUCUCUCAAUUGAAUCCCAAAUUGAACCUUACUUUAUCUUUCUCUCUCAAUUGAAUCGCAAACCGUUUAUCUUUCUCUCUAAUCGCAAAUCAAACCCUCCAUACCUAUCUCUCUCGAUUUCCUCCAUGGCUUGGCGUUGUUGCUUAGCAAGAGUAUCUAAGCGAUUCUAUGCUGAUUCGGUAAGCAAUAACUGAACUUUUAUGAAUACCAUACCAACUCAAUUGUAUUGCAUGCUUUAGGCCGAUGAGAGGCAUGAGACUAUGGAAUGUUAAAUGGCUUAGAUUUUCCUCAUCUGCCGAUGGCAAAAUAUGCAUUUUGUUUGAUAUGUGUGCACGUGAAUUUUAAUAAUGAUCUGGGUUUACUGUUGCUUAUGUUGCAGGCAGGUGUAUCUGUCUCUCUUCUAGAAGCUGCUAAAAUUCCCAGAGACAUUGCUUUGUUUACUGCAUCUAUUCCUCCGAUUCGAAUUAGAGAUACUGCUCAUGGCAAUGACAUCCCACACGACCUCAAGCAGGGUCUUGAAGAUAAGACAUUGAGGAAAAAACAAAGUAGUGUACAAUUGCUUGGUGCUAUGGCAUAUUCUGCUCCUCAGUUGUCUCGGUGCCUCCCUAAAACUGAGGUCUUGACUGAUUCCCAUUCUGAAGUCCAGUUAGCUGUGCAAACGGCCCUUCGACAGGUUGGAAGUGCGAUAAAGAAACCAGAAAUAGCAGCUCUUGUCCCUACACUACUUCAGGGACUCAUUGAUCCUUUCCCAGAAGUUCGGUCAGUUGCUGCUAGAGCCACUCGAUCCCUUAUAGGAGUAAUGGGUGAAAAAAAUUUCCCCAAUCUUGUCCCAUGGUUGUUUGAAACUAUAAAGUCUGAGAAUAGUAAUGUUGAACGCCCUGGAGCCGCUCAAGGCCUGAGUGAGGAAUUUCCAGUUAGUCGUAAGAUACAUCCAUGUUUGCUAUUUUUCAAGGCAGUAUUCAUUGCAUCCAUUCCUCCGACUCGAAUUAGAGAUAUUGCUCAUGGAAAUGACAUCCCACACGACCUCAAGCAGGCAGGUGUAUCUGCCUCUCUUCCAGAAGCUGCUAAAAUUCCCAGAGACAUUGCUUUGUUUACUGCAUCUAUUCCUCCGACUCGAAUUAGAGAUACUGCUCAUGGCAAUGACAUCCCACACGACCUCAAGCAGGGUCUUGAAGAUAAGACAUUGAGGAAAAAACAAAGUAGUGUACAAUUGCUUGGUGCUAUGGCAUAUUCUGCUCCUCAGUUGUCUCGGUGCCUCCCUAAAACUGAGGUCUUGACUGAUUCCCAUUCUGAAGUCCAGUUAGCUGUGCAAACGGCCCUUCGACAGGUUGGAAGUGCGAUAAAGAAACCAGAAAUAGCAGCUCUUGUCCCUACACUACUUCAGGGACUCAUUGAUCCUUUCCCAGAAGUUCGGUCAGUUGCUGCUAGAGCCACUCGAUCCCUUAUAGGAGUAAUGGGUGAAAAAAAUUUCCCCAAUCUUGUCCCAUGGUUGUUUGAAACUAUAAAGUCUGAGAAUAGUAAUGUUGAACGCCCUGGAGCCGCUCAAGGCCUGAGUGAGGAAUUUCCAGUUAGUCGUAAGAUACAUCCAUGUUUGCUAUUUUUCAAGGCAGUAUUCAUUGCAUCCAUUCCUCCGACUCGAAUUAGAGAUAUUGCUCAUGGAAAUGACAUCCCACACGACCUCAAGCAGGCAGGUGUAUCUGCCUCUCUUCCAGAAGCUGCUAAAAUUCCCAGAGACAUUGCUUUGUUUACUGCAUCUAUUCCUCCGACUCGAAUUAGAGAUACUGCUCAUGGCAAUGACAUCCCACACGACCUCAAGCAGGGGGGAAGAAGUAUGAUCUUCUCUGCUCCGUUCAGCACAGGCCGAGUGCCUCAGCGCACCACAUACGGUGGGAUUAACUGUAAACGUCAUUACAGCCACAUCCCAUACAAUCAGUAUGCUGGAGUUUUUUUUGGGAUUGCAGUAGCUUGUGUGACUCUAUUUCGCAUCAUACGUUGUCGAGUAGUCAAAUAUGAAUGCGAAGAUGAUUCUCUUAGCCCCGAAAAAUUGAGGGCAGAAGUCGACUGGCGAAGAGAAGGGUGCAUGUCAGCCAUUGACGACCAGGGCUCUACUAAGGCUUGUUGGGCACAUGUUGCCACUUCUGCCGUGGAAUCUAUUGUAAAAAUAGAGACGGAUGUGCUGAAGAAACUAUCGUCGCAGGAGUUGAUUGAUUGUGAUCCUAAAAACAAGGGUUGUCAAGAGGGGUGGGUUGAAAAUGCAUUCGACUACAUUCAAAGGGAAGGGGUAUGUAUGGAAAAAGAUUACCCUUAUUCACCUUUUAACACUCCUUUUAUUCGAAUGCCAUGCCGUGUAAAGAAAUAUUAUGUUAAGACCUUUAUAGGGGGAUACGAAAGUAUCCCCUAUGAAAAGGAUUUCGGUGCAGAAGAGAGACUAAAGCUUGCUGUAUGUCGCCAGCCAGUGGCGGUGGCUGUAUUGAUUGGAAAGGAUUUUAAGAAUUACAAAGCAUCCGAUGGGAUUUUCCAAAUAGAUGAAGAUUUUGAACAUGGGGAAUUGCACUCAUUGUUGAUCGUUGGUUUUGGCCAACUCAAAGAAAAACAGUAUUGGUUAGUGAGAAAUUCAUAUGGUGUUUCCUGGGGUUACAAGGGGUAUGGGUUAAUCGAACGCAACUGUGGAUUACCCGAGGGGCGAUGUGGCAUUGCGUACAGUCCUUUUUAUCCUAUUUUCAAGGAGCAAGCUGAUCCAUCUCAGGAUAGCAGUUCGGACACUGUGGCAAAAACUUCUGAUACGAAGGCAGGUGUAUCUGCCUCUCUUCCAGAAGCUGCUAAAAUUCCCAGAGACAUUGCUUUGUUUACUGGUCAACCUUUGCCAUCCAAUGAAUCCACUGGAAACCUUGAAGAUUAGCUUUUUGUAUAGAAGACCCAAUCUGGAAAUCAAACUGAGAGGUGACAUUAAUGCGUAGCAGUUUUUGAUGGGUUUCAUGUGAGAGGCUCUUAGUUUUGUUUUAGCACAAACAAGAACUUGUUGGCUUCAGAGUAAUGAAAAUAAGAAAUUAUAUUUUCAUUAUUUUUAAUCAUAUCCUAUCUCUUAUCUUGUAUUGAAAAAUUAUUGUUAGCAGAUAAAUGGUUAUAGAUUUCUAGCUUAUUAUAUA